CACGUGCCGAGAGGUGAGAGGAGAAUUUGGUUCUGCUCUGUUUUUCCGCCCCUCCAGCUCUUGAUCACUCGACUUCAGUUCUACAACUACUCAACUUCAUUAUUAAAUCUUAAUUUCCAUAGUUUCAAAUCCUUUCUCCUACCAAAUUACUGCGAAAUCAAUGCGUCCACGCAGAUGGUCGAAUUUGAUUUUCAUUUUCAAUGCGCUUCUGCCAUUGCUAAUCCCUUCGAGUUCUUCUCCGAGUCCUGAAGAGCUGUCUCAAAUCCCUUUGAAUUUCCUUCAAUAUGCUAAAAAUCCCGAGGUUUUUAAUUGGAUGGUUGAUAUCAGACGGCAAAUACACGAGAACCCUGAACUGGGUUUCGAGGAAUUCGAGACCAGUAAGCUUAUCAGAGCGGAGCUCGAUCGUUUAGACAUUUCUUAUAAAUAUCCAGUUGCAAUUACCGGCGUAGUUGGUUUCAUAGGGACUGGAAACCCACCUUUUGUUGCAAUUCGGGCAGAUAUGGACGCUCUGGCCCUGCAGGAGGGCGUAGAAUGGGAACACAAAAGCAAAGUUCCUGGAAAGAUGCACGCAUGCGGGCAUGAUGCUCACGUUGCCAUGCUUCUUGGGGCUGCAAAGAUACUUCAAGAACACCGCCGCCUAAUACAGGGAACAGUAGUUCUUGUUUUUCAACCAGCUGAGGAAGGAGGUGGGGGAGCAAAGAAAAUGUUAGAGUCUGGAGUACUGGAUAAUGUUGAGGCCAUCUUUGGAUUGCAUUUAACUGGCAAGUGUCCUAUUGGUAGGGUGGCUUCCAAGCCCGGCCCUAUUCUGGCUGCAAGUGGUUUCUUUGAGGCAGUUAUUAGCGGUAAGGGAGGUCAUGCUGCUCUACCCCAGCACACAAUUGACCCAAUUUUAGCAGCUUCCAACAUAAUUAUCAGUUUGCAACAUCUCAUCUCGCGCGAAGCUGAUCCUUUGGAUUCACAGGUCGUCACAGUGGCAAAAUUUCAGGGCGGUGGGGCAUUCAAUGUCAUUCCAGAUUCUGUUACAAUUGGCGGUACUUUCAGGGCAUUUUCAGACGAAAGCUUCAUCCAACUUAAACAGAGAAUUGUAGAGGUUAUCACACGACAAGCCAACGUUCAGAGGUGCAAUGCCACUGUCCAGUUCAAUGAAGAGAAGCCUUUCUUUCCAGUUACACUAAAUGACCCAGAUCUUUACAAGCAUUUUCAUUCGGUCGCUGGAGACAUGCUCGGUACCAAGAACAUUCUUGAUAUGCAACCUAUAAUGGGAACAGAAGACUUUGCAUUUUAUGGAGAAGUUAUACCAGGAUUCUUCUUCUUUGUUGGGAUGAAGAAUGAAACUCUUGGGAUGUUCGAAUCAGGACAUUCACCUUAUUAUAUCGUAAACGAAGACGUGCUUCCUUACGGUGCAGCAUUGCAUGCUUCAAUUGCCACAAGGUACCUUCUGCCCAAAUCUACUUUAAUUAAAGGAAACUCUCAUGAUGAGCUUUAAAGAUCUGUAGCCUCAUAGGGUCAUCCAAGCAAUGGCUCUAUUUGAAGCCACUCUUUUAUGUGAUUAUCAUCUCAACUUGUUCUAUAUACUUCUGUACAAGUGUAUCAGCCACCCUCAUAAUCAUAUCUGGGAAUGUGUUAAAAGUUUCCCAGAUGUAAUUUUAGCAAUACGCCAUUUGAUAUGUUGACAGGUGUGACUGAAGCAUAUGUGAAAAUGUUGUAAUUUGACUAUUUGGCAUAAGACAUACCCCUUAUUUCA